AUGAACAGUAGCGAUAAUCAAAAUAGUCGAUCAUCAAGAUGCAUGGAAAGUCAACCGAACGGUCAAUUUUCUCAUCAAGCGUCCACCGUUCCAGCCAAUGUGGGAAUGAAUUAUCUCGCUCUACAAGCACCUUUGUCAUACAAUAACACAGCGUCGAAUAGUCAAGGGUCGAAUUAUGUACAUCAACCAUCAAGCAAAAAACAAUGGUGGCAAUAUGUCGGACCAAACAAUCCUUACCGAACAACGUAUCAAGAUUAUGGUCCUUCAAAAACUCAAUCUUAUCCUAUGUCCAAUGUCUAUUACAUACAGUCUAAUACUUAUAGACAAGAUUCCAAUAUGAAUGUUGACAGUGGAAAUUCAUCUCAAACGACGUCUUACUCGACUAACAGUUCGAUGCCGUACACUUCACCUCGACCUCGGCAGUAUAAAUAA